AUGCAGUCGAUGCGCGACGAGCGACUGCGUAUCGAAGCCGACCUCGAGCGCCUCGAGCUCGAGAUGGCGGAGCUCGAGUACGACGAGAUGUCCGUGUGGGCGUCAAUUGACGACUGCAUGUGGGCACUGGCGGCGCAGCGCGAGCAUCGAGACAUGGAGAUUGCGCGCGUGGCCACGAUGGAGCAGCGCGCGCGAGCGAUCCGGCGCAUGAACGUUGCGAGCGAUGCCUUUUACAUUUGGCACAAGGGGCCGUUCGGGACCAUCAACGGCUUCUCGAUGGGCCGGCUGCUUGCGCAGCACACGGAUUGGCACGAGAUCAACGCGGCGUGGGGCGAAGCGACGCUGCUGUUACAGCACAUUGCCGAGACUCUCGGCGUUGCCUUUCACAGAUACCGCCUCGUGCCGCUCGGCAACGCGUCCAAAGUGAUAAGGCUGCAGCGACCCGAGAUGGAGUACCACCUGCACGGGUCGGACCAAGAUGCCUUCCCGGAGAGCUUCUUCAACCUUGGCAUUGCCGCGUGGCUCGACUGCCUCGGCCAUCUCGAAGCGUGGGUCCUGGAGCGCGACUCAAGCUUCCGACUUCCCUACAAGAUUACGGCAACACACGUGGGCAACUUUUCGCUGCUCUUCCUUCGCGACGACGAAGCCUGGACCAAAGCCUCGAAGAACGCGCUCACGAACCUCAAGUGGCUCCUCGCGUGGUCGGCCAAGCCGCUGGCGACGCCGGCAGCAACGUCGUAGCCUUUGUCUGCACUGCGUUGGCGGUCAUCGUCCCGUCGUUGAAUCGAUGUGUUGAAGAAACAGCAAAACUCUAAAGCGUCUGAGGACUCAUCGAUGAUCCGACAUGCAAAUGAAUUGUGCUUGG